UACAAAAUUCAAAAAAAUGUCUUUAUGCCCCAGACUAGUGUCAGGAAUGCUGGCGCGGAGCCCUGCUGCCAUGGCCAGAAGUUUGGUGUUUUUCUCGAAGCGGCACGCCCACUCGGAGAACCUUGACGUCGACCCAGGCAAAUGCUGUAAAAUUCGCGACGCCGAGUCGCAGAAAUGCCUCGAAGCAAAGAUGACCGGAUGCAAGCCGACCAAGCUGCCGAACGACUGUAUCAAACAUGAAGAUCCGUUGCAUGUAUUUUUGGAGCAAUAUCCCAAGCAUUUGCUGAAGAUCAUACGACCCCUGGAUGACAAGUGCGAGCUCUACAGGCACGAUACGCUCCACUAUGAGCCGUCGGACAAGACGCGCCGAUACCAACGCACGUGGCCCGAGUGCCCGCUCAUUUGGCUGCGACCACGAAAGAUCUGCUGUCCAGAGCCGGUGCGCCAUCUGCCAGCGGAGCGGCGCACCAGGAAGCCGCCCAGCGGGCCCAUCUCGGUGACGGACAAAUUUGCACACAAAAUGAGGCUGGUGUGCCAAGAGACGCGCUGGCACACCAAGCCAGAGCUGAAGUGUAAGACGGUCAAGAGCUCAUCGCAGUGCACCAAGGAGAUGGCGCCGUUUCCCAGCUUCUCCGAGUGCAAUCAGCUCUUCACUCCACGCUACUGCGACACCGAGUGCGCCUGCCGAGCCGUGCCCAGCCUGUGCGAGCUAUGGCGGCUCUACCAUCGCAACACGGAGCUGACGAAGAGCUGCACGAAGGCAUUGGUCAACUACUGUCCAUUCAAGCGUCGAGCACGCCCUUUGCACUGAAUAGCAAG